AUGGCCCUCCUCCUCCUCCUCCAAUCAGCUACACUCUUCUUCCCCUUUCUACUCACUCUCCUCCAAUCCACCUCCGCCACGUCCCCCUCCAUCGCCCUCCCCCAAAACCUCACCCCCACUCUCUCCGUCACCGAUUUCGGCGCCACCGGAGACGGCGUCACCUACGACACCUUCGCCAUCCAAUCCGCCAUCGACAGCUGCUCCUCCACCUCCACCUCCACCUGCCACGUCACCUUCCCGCGCGGAGGCACCUACCUGACGGCGACGAUCCGCCUCAAAUCCGGCGUCGUUUUGAACAUCGAGGACGGCGCGACGCUCCUAGGCGGGACGAGGCUGGGGGACUACCCGGUCGAGCAGGAGCGGUGGUACGUGGUGGUGGCGGAGAACGCGACGGAUGUGGGGAUCACCGGAGGCGGAGUGGUGGACGGUCAGGGGUUGGAGUUCGUCAAGAGAUUUGAUGAGAAGAAGAAUGUGAUGGUGAGCUGGAACUCGACCGGGGCUUGUUUGGGCGACGAGUGCCGCCCCAGGCUCGUCGGCUUCAUUGACUCUAAAAAUGUCAAGCUUUCCGAUAUUCAGUUACGUCAGCCGGCUUACUGGUGCUUGCACAUUGUACGUUGUGAACACGUUACUAUUCAAGAUGUUUCAAUCUAUGGAGAUUUCAAUACACCCAAUAAUGAUGGGAUAGAUAUUGAGGAUUCAAAUAAUACAGUUAUUACUAGAUGCCAUAUCGAUACAGGAGAUGAUGCUAUCUGUCCAAAGACAUAUACUGGGCCCCUCUAUAAUUUAACUGUAACAAAUUGUUGGAUUCGAACCAAGUCUUCAGCAAUCAAACUUGGUAGUGCUAGUUGGUUUGAUUUUAAAGGUCUGGUUUUCGACAAUAUCACUAUUGCAGAUUCUCAUAGAGGGCUGGGCUUCCAGAUACGUGAUGGAGGAAAUGUGAGUGAUGUUAUAUUUUCAAACAUUAAUAUCCGCACAAGAUACUAUGAUCCGUCCUGGUGGGGAAGAGCAGAGCCUAUUUAUGUGACCACUUGUCCACGAGACUCAUAUUCAAAGGAGGGUUCAAUCUCUAACAUACUCUUUGUGAACAUCAGUGCUAAUUCAGAGAAUGGUGUAUUCUUAUCAGGCUCUAAACACGGGCUUCUUAGUGAUUUGAGAUUCAUCAACUUGAAUCUGACUUUCAGAAGACGAACCAACAAUGUGGGUGGGUUGGUGGACUACAGACCAGGAUGCCAAGGGCUGGUAAAGCACAGCAUAGCUGGUUUCAUCUUAGAACACAUUAAUGGUUUAGUGUUUGACAGUGUUUACAUGAGAUGGUCUGAUGAGCAAAUAAGACAGUGGAAUAAUCCCAUGGAUUUCAGAUCUGCUACUGUAAAUAACAUAUCUCUGCUCAAUUUCCAUUCAAGCCUAUACACACAGUGAAACGAAUACAAAGAAGGAAGAACCACUAAAUUGCCAUUCUUUGGAUUGUAUGCUUGGAACACAUUAGUUCUUGUCAUAUAUAUAUCCCAGUUUGUAAGAGUUGAGGGUAUUGUGAGAACAAAGAAUUCAGUUUGGUUCAACAGUUUCUGUUUGGUGUCAUGAAAUCUGUGGUGAUUGUUGCGCGAGACAACUUUAGAUACCUAUAUUGGCUAUCAUAGUGUUCAUUGUGAUCCUAUUCUUAACCUACUCCAUCAAUGCUAGAGGGUUAUAUUUCGUAAGCCUUGAAUCUUUCUGUACAGAUGUUAAGAUCAGAUACUGCUGGUCUUGGUUUUUGUAUCAAUUUAGGAGAGCAUUAUAUGAGAA